AUGGCAAACUACGACAUCAAAAUCAUUUCCGACACCGUCUGCCCCUUCUGCUACCUAGCGCGCGCCCGCAUCGACCGCGCCAUCACUCUCUUCAAGAAGACCGUGCCCAACGCCUCAUCCUCCACCUUCACCAUCCGCUGGCACGCCUUCCAGCUCGACAAGUCCAUCCCGCAGGGCCAAUCGACCUCAGUGCAGGACAUCGCCGUGCAGCGCUUCGGCGCCGACCGCCUAGUCGCCAAGCGCGCGCGGAUGGCGCAGCUCGGCGACCAAGAGGGCUUCGGCUUCACCUUCGCGGGCCGCAUCGGCAACACGCGCGACUCGCACCGGCUGUCGCACCUAGGCCGCGAGCUGGGCGGGUGGGAGCUGGAGGAUAAAGUGCAGACGGAGAUGAUGAAGAUGUUCUUUGAGCAGGGCGGCGACAUUACGAGCUUUGACGACUUGAGCGGCGCGGCGGAGAGGGCGGGCAUUGAGCGGGAUGUGGCGCGGAGGUGGCUCGAGGAUGGGAGCGGUGGGGAGGAGGUUGAUCGGGAGGUGGAGGAGAUGGAGAGGUUGGGGAUGAAGGGCGUGCCCAAGAUCUUUAUUGAUGAUGAGUUUGUGGUGGAGGGGGCUGAUGAUGUGACGGCCAUUUUUGAGCAGCUGUAUAAGACGAAAGAGGCUAAGGAGAAGACGGAGAUUCAAGGGUAA